GAUGUUGAAAAGUACAAAUUGGGGAAUCCUAGGAAAUUUUAUUAUCUAAACCAGUCAAAAUUUUUUGAAUUGGACGAAGUGGAUGAAUCUAAAGAAUACCUCGCCACCAGGCGAGCCAUGGAUGUUGAUGCCAUUUUUAGAGUUGUGGCUGCAAUACUUCACUUGGGCAACAUUGAAUUUGUGAAGGGAAGCGAGCCUGAUUCUGCAGAACCUAAGGAUGAUCAGUCUCGCUUCCAUCUUAAAACUGUGGCUGAACUUUUCAU